AUGGUGUGUGAUAUAGAUAUGUGUAGCGCACGAGGUGUAUUGCAUGAAGGCUGUAUUGCGUUCCUUGUUGACGAGUGCAUAGCGAGCUCUAUGUCCGUCGCCAUUUCUGCUGAAGGGAGAGCCUCAUCGCCUGGCGUCACACAAACCAUGAAUCUCAUGUUCCACGCGUCAGCUAAUGUAGGGACGAAAUUACGCAUUGUAAGCACCACCAUGGCGUCUGGGCUUCAAUCAAAUGCUGGACGAUGUGAGGUCUGGGACUCGAAAAACCACCGUCUUCUUGCCUCUGGAGCAAUGCUACUAAUGCCUCCGUCAUUGCCUAUGAAACGGCCUUCAUAG